AUGGGCUCUUCGCAGAGCGUCGAGAUUCCCGGCGGCGGCACGGAAGGCUACCACGUCCUGCGGGUACAAGAAAAUUCCCCAGGACAUAGAGCAGGACUGGAACCAUUCUUUGAUUUUAUUGUUUCUAUUAAUGGUUCAAGAUUAAAUAAAGACAAUGAUACUCUGAAGGAUCUACUGAAAGCAAAUGUUGAAAAGCCUGUAAAAAUGCUUAUCUACAGUAGUAAAACACUGGAGCUUCGAGAGACCUCAGUCACACCAAGUAACAUGUGGGGUGGCCAGGGCUUGUUGGGAGUGAGCAUUCGUUUCUGCAGCUUUGAUGGGGCAAAUGAAAACGUUUGGCAUGUGUUGGAAGUAGAAUCAAAUUCUCCGGCAGCACGGGCAGGUCUCAGACCUCACAGUGAUUAUAUCAUUGGAGCAGAUACUGUCAUGAAUGAGUCUGAAGAUCUGUUCAGCCUUAUUGAAACACAUGAAACAAAACCAUUGAAACUUUAUGUGUAUAAUACAGACACUGAUAACUGUCGAGAAGUGAUUAUUACACCAAAUUCUGCAUGGGGUGGAGAAGGCAGUCUAGGAUGUGGCAUUGGAUAUGGUUAUUUGCAUCGAAUACCUACACGUCCCUUUGAAGAAGGAAAGAAAAUAUCUCUUCCAGGACAGAUGACUAGUACAUCUAUUACUCCUCUUAAAGAUGGGUUUACAGAGGUCCAGCUGUCCUCGGUUAAUCCCCCAUCUUUGUCACCACCAGGAACCACAGAAAUUGAUCAGGGUCUGUCAGGACUUUCUAUUAGCUCAACUGCACCAGCUAUCAGUAAUGUUCUCAGUACAGGUGUACCAACAGUACCAUUAUUGCCACCACAAGUAAACCAGUCCCUCACUUCUGUACCAUCAAUGAAUCCAGCUACUACAUUACCAGGUCUGAUGCCUUUACCACCAGGACUGCCUAACCUGCCUGCCCUCCCCAACCUCAACCUUCCGACACCACACGUCAUGCCCAACGUCAGCCUUCCAGAACUCGUGAACCCAGGUUUGCCACCUCUUCCUUCCUUGUCUUCCCAAAACUUACCUGGCAUUGCAGCUCUCCCCUUGCCAUCUGAGUUCCUUCCGUCAUUCCCUUUGGCUCCAGAGGUCUCUUCGGCAGCAGGCUCAGUGGGGCUGCUGUCCUCCCUCCCACCCACCAGCAGCCCACCCUCUGACCCCGUCAUGACCACUGCAAGAGCAGAUGCUGCCUCAGCGCUCCCUCUGGAUGGGACGCUCCCGACGUCCAAGGCCCCCAUCGCUGUUGAGGACAGAGUCAGCGAGUCCACCCUAGCCAGCCAGAAGCCUGUUUCUGCGGUGACAGAUGCCAAUGCCUCUGAGUCACCUUAA